UUUCCGAUAACAGUUUUGACAAUCCAACAAUACGCAUGCGCAAUGAAACACGAAAGCAGUUUCAUACCGCAUAUGAACAGGAUUUCUCUUUUUUCAAGUAAUUAAAAUUGUGAAUUUGAAAUGGCAAUUUUGUUUUAAAUUAUCAAUUAUACAACUGUUUAUUGUGGAAACAAAACAAAAUCUGUUCUAACUAUGACAAUCUGCAUACGGUGUUUGAACAUAUCGUAAAUCUUUUCUAUUUAAACUCAUAGGUAGGCAACAAGAAAACCAGACACGCUAUCAAUAAUUCAAGAAGAUGGAAAAUUUAGAUGGAAAAAUGGACAUUGAAACAACAUCGUCAGAGGAGUACAUUCCUAAUAUUUGCGAACACUGUGACAGUGAUGGAAAGCGUGCUGAAGCCGAUGGGUUUUGCGUUGAUUGUAGUGAAUAUUUGUGUAACUGCUGUUUGUCGUGCCAUGCUAAGUAUAAGCCUGAACAUUCAACUAAAAGUAGGGAUGAAAUGCCCAUAGAUGUACGUUUUGAAAAAUGUUUGAAGCAUGAUAUGAAACAAAUGAAGUAUUAUUGCAUAGAAUGUAAUAACGUCGCAUGCGAAAAAUGUAUAACAAAUGAAGGUUGUUAUCACGAAGACGGAUGUCAAAGUAAAAAAUGGACAUCGCUUUACAAAGUUGCUUUGGAAAACAAGGUAUCGAAAACACAAGUUGACACAAAAAUUGCUGAAGCAACUGAUAAACUGGCAAACAUUGAAGACACAAUCGAUAAACUAACGACAAAAAGGAAAGAUAAAAUUCGAGAAUCUAUAAAACAACACAGACAAAACAUGGAAGGUAAGAUCAAAGAGGUUGAAAGUCAUUUCCUAAAGAAAUGUGAUGAGAUUGAAAACACGUUUGAACCGUCGAUAGAUUCUCUGUCAUGCAACGUUCAGUCUAUGAAAACUAUGUUACGUUCCGUGGUGUCUCAAUCGGACAACUGCUGCUCAAACUUUAUUGCCGUCAAAAACAUAGAUCAAAGUAUUGCUCCCGUCGAGAAGGGUCUUGAAUGCUUAAAGAACCAAACGGAGAUUAUGGCAUACGAAUUCAAAGCAAACCAAAGCCGCAUAGUUGACAAAUCCGACUUUGGAAACAUAUUGUUCUCAGAAACUUUCCAGACAAAAACAGCUUGUUAUAAGAACGAUAUUGAUGUUAAUCUAUACUAUAGCUGGAUUUACCCUACAAAUAUGAGUGAUUUAUUAAUCAAAGAUGAUCUACUCGUUGUUAUAUCAUACAUGUGCAGUGCCAUUGUGUUGGUUGACCCCAUCAAGCAGAAUGUUUUAUCAAAAUUUUUUAUGUCAUCAAGUCCAAAGAGUGCAAUAUCCAUAAAUGGGACUGGAAUAGCAGUAGCUCUACCACUUGAUGGGAAAAUUAAACUGUAUGACAUUAUUAAGUCAGAAUUUGUCGAUAGAAAAAAAGACAUUGAAGUUGGAAAGGAUUGCUGCAGUCUGGCAUACAGCAAAAGUCAAUGUUAUUUGUAUGUGUCAUAUUAAAGAACCUACAAGC